GACCACCGGCCCAACAUGCGGAGUUUGUUUAUAACGUGUGGAACGCGACAAUGUGGAGUCAUCUCACGUCGCUUCUCUUUCUCAAACCCUGCGGCAGAUCGUUUCACCCUGUCACUGUAUCAGGAGCCCGUCUACGUUAGAUUUGGACUGGAAUAACUAAUCUUCAGAAAUCACUUUCAAGAAAUAAAGAGUCUGAGAACAUCUAGCCAAGUACUUCACUACAGAGUCUAUGUACUUCACUCUCUACUGUAGAGAGCAUCUAACCAGAGCACCAUUAGAAACUGCUGAGACGAUCCACUGGGUGCUGUACCAGAGACGACCACCGGUACUUAAAAAAAAAAUGAUAACGACGAGGGCCCUGGGGCCACGGGGGGCCUGUGUUCUGCUGGGUGUGUUCCUCCAACUGCUGUUGUUGCUACCAGACACCACCUCUAUGGACUCCACCGCUGCAACCUGGAACCAGAGCGGACCCCGACUAAAGCUCUCACACACAGACUUGCGUUUGAUGAACAGUUCCAGUGUCUUCUGGGACAGAGGAGUGAGUGGAGGUUACCAGUCCCUGCUGCUGGAUGAGGACCGUGGCUGGCUCCUGGUAGGGGGUAGAGACCACAUCUACCUUCUCCACUCGGACAGCCUGGCUCUUCCUACACGCACGAUUUACUGGCCAGCUGCGGAGGAACACGUCGAACACUGCAGAUUGGCAGGGAAGAACCUGUCGACUGACUGCGCCAACUACGUGCGUCUCCUCCAGCCCUUCAAUAAGACCCAUGUGUAUGUCUGUGGCACCGGGGCCUACCACCCACAAUGCACCUACAUAGACCUGGGACACAGCACUGAGUAUGUCUGUGGCACCGGGGCCUACCACCCACAAUGCACCUACAUAGACCUGGGACACAGCACUGAGGAGCCGUUGUUCCGUCUGCAGAGCCAUGCUGUGGAGUCUGGCCGAGGGAAAUGUCCCUUUAGUCCACGCGAACCCUUCACCGCCAGGCUCACCGAUGGAGAUUUGUACGCGGGGACGUCGGUGGAUUUUAUGGGUUCCAACGCAGCUAUAUUCCGUACCUCUGUGCACAGCAGCAACCAGCACUAUAUACGCACUGAGGCCUACCAGGACCACUGGCUCAAUGAGCCAGAGUUUGUGGGUUCCUUCUCCAUUCCAGACACACAAAGUGUGGACGAUGACAAGGUUUACUUCUUCUUGAAGGAGACAGCUGUAGAGUCCAGCCAGUGGGACAAGAGGGUUUACAGUAGAGUGGCACGCAUCUGCAAGAAUGACGUAGGAGGGAAGAGGAGUCUGAUCAACCGUUGGAGUACCUUCCUCAAGGCCCGUCUGGUGUGUUCUGUACCAGGACCUGGGGGACUGGACACACAGUUUGAUGAGCUCGAGGAUAUCUUCAUUCUGGAGACCAAAGACGACCAGAACCCUGUCAUCUACGGAGUUUUCUCAACCUCCAGUUCUGUCUUCAGAGGGUCAGCAGUGUGUGUCUACUCCAUGGCCUCUAUCAGGGCAGCCUUCAACGGUCCGUUCGCCCACAAGGAAGGGCCUGACUACCGCUGGGUGGAGUACAAGGGGAGGAUCCCAUAUCCACGACCUGGCACUUGUCCCAGCGAAACGUAUGACCCCCUGCACAAGUCUACUCGUGACUUCCCUGAUGACGUAGUGAGCUUCAUGAGGGGUCACCAGCUGAUGUGGGAACCCAUCCUUCCCAUCACCCGCCGGCCCGUCUUCACCCGCGUCAAUGUGCCCUACACCCUACGAAGGGUAGUAGUGGACAGGGUGGAUGCUGAGGAUGGGCAGUAUGACGUCCUACACCUGGGCACAGAUGAUGGCAAGGUGCUGAAAGUGGUGUCUGUCCCCAAAGACAACUGGGAGACUGAGGAGAUCAUUCUGGAGGAGCUGAUCGUAUUUCAGACUCAGGCCCCCAUCCUUAACAUGGAGCUGUCUACCAAAAGGCAACAGGUGUACGUGAGCAGUGAUGAGGGAGUGGUCCAGUUACCAUUGCAGAGGUGUGAGCUGUAUGGUAGAGACUGUGCUGACUGCUGUCUGGCCAGAGACCCUUACUGUGCCUGGGACGGCAACACAUGCAACCGAUACUUCCCCAGCAACAAGAGGCGAGCCCGGCGCCAGGAUGUGAAACACGGGGAUCCGAUGAGCCAGUGUUACGACGCAGAAGACGGUUCUGAGUCGGUGGAGGUGAAGACGGUAUACGGAGUGGAGAGUAACUCAACCUUCCUAGAGUGUGUACCCAGGUCCCAGCUAGCUACAGUCAAGUGGACAGUACAGCCACCACAGGUUCACACCAGCAGAGAGAUGCUCCAGAGCGAGGAUCGUAUGGUGCACAUGAAGCGAGGUCUCCUGGUGCAGCGGCUGGAGCCAGGGGACGCUGGCCUCUACACCUGUACCACCCUGGAGCACUCCUUCUCCCAGGUUCUGGCCCGCUACAACCUCCAGGUCAUACCCCAGCAGAGCAUGACAGCAUCCCAGGCCAAGGCAGCUGAUCCUGGGGCUGGGGGAGCAGGACUGAGGUGGAGUCAUGGAGGUCCUGGGAGCCACACCCAGAGCCACGCCCAGCUCUUCAGGAAUUAUAAGGACCUGCACAUGAUGGGCGCAGCUAGUAUGAGCAUGGACGAGUACUGUGAGCAGAUGUGGCACCGGGAGAAGAAGAGGCAGCAGAAGCUGCGUCAGCUCAAGUGGAAACAGACCCAGGUGGACAGCCGCAAGGCCCGAGUGAGACGGCACGAGUCCACCGAGGACAUCACAAUACAAUGACCUACGGACGGGGAUGGGACAGAAAUGUCACCCUAGUUCCUAUAGAGUGCACUGCUUGGGACCAGGGUCCAUAAGCCUAAAGUAGUGCACUUUAAAGGGGAUAGGGGGCUGAUGUAGAUGUAGCUCUGGAGACGAAGGGAAUGUAUACAACAAGACCUCAGUGGUGGCGUUGCACAUGAGCAGACCCUUUGCUUUGAACAGAUAUGCUUAAUAUUAUUAUCAGUCAGUCAACCUUUUUGUCCAUAAAAGUAUCAUUUUGAUAUAGCUGUUCUGGAUGUAUAUUCCUCCUGUAUUCUGUAUUCUGUGUAGACAGGAUCGUUAUCAUUAUGUUUGUACCCGGACCGACCCGUUAAAGUCUAUUAUUGCUCUCUGGACUGGUAGGUUUGUUUUCUGAAUAAAAAGCAGGCCGGACCGUUCUCCGUCACACAUGUCGAGAGGAAAAACACUGUCCCAGACCUACAACCACAGUUGUCCCAGACCUACAACCACAGUUGUCCCAGAACUACAACCACAGUUGUCCCAGACCUACAACCACAGUUGUCCCAGACCUACAACCACAGUUGUCCCAGAACUACAACCACAGUUGUCCCAGACCUACAACCACAGUUGUCCCAGAACUACAACCACAGUUGUCCCAGACCUACAACCACAGGUCUCCAAGAACUACAACCACAGGUCUCCAAGAACUACAACCACAGGUCUCCAAGAACUACAACCACAGGUCUCCAAGAACUACAACCACAGUUGUCCCAGAACUACACCCACAGGUCUCCAAGAACUACAACCACAGUUGUCCCAGAACUACACCCACAGGUCUCCAAGAACUACAACCACAGGUGUCCCAGAACUACAACCACAGGUCUCCAAGAACUACAACCACAGUUGUCCCAGAACUACAACCACAGGUCUCCAAGAACUACAACAACAGUUGUCCCGGAACUACAACCACAGUGGUGGUUGUACAGUCAGUGUGUUAGACAGAGCUGUGGACAGUGUGAUGUGGUUGGUCCCUUCCAUCUUCCUCAGUGUCCCAUUCUAUGUCUUCAGACCCCCUCAGCAAUACAUGUUAACAUAUUUGCACUUACCAUAUUGUCAUAACAGCAUUGAAAUAUGCUGUAUGUAGAGUAUGUAAUGCAAUGUACAGCAUAUACAUUGAAAAUGUAUUGUAGGGUUACUCACCUGCGUUAUGGACUGUAUCUACCUUGACUUAGUUUUUUCAAACACAAAACUAUUAUUUUUAUUAAGACAAAUCUUUCAAUGUAAAGCAUUUGGUAGA